CCGUGCCGUCCGCGGGGAUCCGCCUCGGCGCGGAGCGGCCGGGCCUCGGGGGCUGCUGCCCCUCGACCAGCGCGGGGCCGCGGAACGGAGUGGGGCCAUCGUACGGCGCCUAUCUCCGGCUGAUACUCGGCUCUGUCUUCGCCGCUGUGGUACUCGUCGGGACCCUCGCUGGACCGUAUGUGGUGACAGCGGCGGCUCUGCUCGCGCCCGGCACCGCUGCGGGAAUGGCGGCACCUCCUGAACGCCGGAGCCGUUCCGGACCGAACUGCGCGCACCGUCCGGGAAGGAAGGUAUCGGACCGAAAAUAAUUCUGGAAGCAGGGUUGGAAGGAAUCUUUUCCUGCAUCUGGUGUCAUGCCUCUUAACAAUGAGUCAUUACAGAGUUUCAGUGCCAAAGGUUAUCUGUCCUUCCAGGAGUUCAACCUGAAAUUCCUCGCUGGAAAUUUUGUUGUCGUGUCCUUUGUCAGUAGUACUGAAGAUUUGAUUGUUGCACAUCAAGAAGCAAGUUCUAUCACUUGUCCCUUGAGAUGCAAUCUUAAUUAUGGCAAGUCUGAGGCACGUGUUGUCUUCCCAUGUGUGGGCAGCCCAGAGCAUGGCUGGCCCAGGUGGGUGUCUCCAGCAGACCUUCUGUCUCUGUGGAUCAGAACGUGGUCCCAGAUGUCUCCAGUCCCUUGUGCUCCCACUGCUUCUCGACAGGCGAAGUCAGCAUGUACUGCCUAUGCUGAUGGAACUGCCAGUUUUAACAGAUUCAUCGUGUGAAUGCAGAUGUGUGAAAAACAGUCAAAAAUCUGCGAAGAAAAACUUUCAGAGUGACAUUCAGUCAGAACUGGUAGAACUAUCAUUGCCUUUUACUUCAUUAUUCUUACGCAGUACUGAAGGAACUGAGUUUAACCGUGCUUUGCAAAGCAGUCAGGACUGAAAGUCUUACCUGCUCGUAGGAGGCUCCAAAACUGGAAAAGGUCAUUAACAGGCGCGAGGAGGAAAAGAUGGAUGUAUUUAGAGCACUUGGAAAUGAGACGCUGUUGUCCAAUUCCUCUGGUCCUGCUCGAUGGGAUCCCUUCCACCGUCCUUUGGACUCCAUCCAGCCCUGGCACUUCAGGCUUGUGGCAGCAGUGAUGUUCGUGGUGACCUCCCUGUCUCUUGCUGAGAACCUGGCUGUGAUCCUGGUAACUUUUAAGUUCAAGCAGCUGAGACGACCUGUCAAUUACGUUAUAGUGAAUUUAUCUGUGGCUGAUUUCCUGGUCUCACUGACUGGUGGCACCAUUAGCUUUUUAGCCAAUCUAAAAGGCUAUUUCUAUAUGGGGCACUGGGCUUGUGUACUGGAAGGAUUUGCUGUCACUUUUUUUGGCAUUGUGGCUCUCUGGUCUCUUGCUCUUCUGGCUUUUGAGCGGUAUGUCGUGAUCUGCCGCCCACUGGGAAAUAUGCGCUUGAGAGGGAAGCAUGCUGCCCAGGGAAUUGCCUUUGUGUGGACCUUUUCCUUCGUUUGGACCAUUCCACCAACCAUGGGUUGGAGCAGCUACACCACCAGUAAGAUUGGAACUACCUGUGAGCCUAAUUGGUAUUCAGGAGCUUAUAAUGAUCGUUCCUACAUUAUUGCAUUCUUCACCACCUGUUUUAUAGUGCCUUUAUUGGUAAUUUUGGUAUCCUAUGGGAAACUGCUGCAGAAGCUAACAAAGGUGUCAGAUACACAAGGCAGGUUGAGAACUGCCAGGAAACCUGAAAGACAAGUGACUAGAAUGGUGGUUGUUAUGAUCAUUGCUUUUCUCAUCUGCUGGAUGCCAUAUGCCACCUUGUCUAUCCUAGCCACUGCAUACCCUUCCAUUGAACUGGAUCCUCAUCUGGCAGCAAUUCCAUCUUUCUUUUCCAAAACGGCUACUGUUUAUAAUCCAGUUAUUUAUGUCUUUAUGAACAAACAGUUCAGGAAGUGCCUGAUACAGAUGUUCAGGUGUAGUGCCAUAGAGUCUGCAGAGUCCAACAUGAGCCCAACUUCAGAGAGAGCAACACUCACCCCAGACAAAAGGGGCAGUCAGUUGUCUACCAUGGCAGUAUGAAGCACCAUUUCUUAGAGGAAAAAUGGAGAUGAACACAGAAAUUGCAUUUAUUUUGCUCAGCUGACAGCUUCAGGAAACAAGAUUUGUCUCUUGCAGAAGGUAGAUAUGAUCAUUAAUGUAAUACAGCAGUGUGUUUCCUCAUUACCCCAUCACUUCAUACUAAAGAUGUCAUUGGGGCCAUUGUGCUCUGUCUCAUAGACACUAACUUUGAGAUUCUGAGCUCCCAAGUGCAUAUAAGAGCUGCUUGGCUGUGCAGUUGCAGUUGAAGACCAACCAGAAAGUGAGUUCCUUUCUCUGUGUUUGUCUCAGCAAUAAUACUUGACCCCUGGUGUAAAACAAUGGAAGCCCAGCAUUACUGUGCUGACACAUAAUACAACAAAGAAAAGAGUUUCAUUGAUGACUGCGCCUUAGUCAGCUGGGCAAAAAUAUGAGGUGAUGCAUGGCUUCAGUACGUUAAUGGAAAAUGAGUAAUACUUAGCACACAGCUGACUCAAGCUCAACCACACAGAGGUUCAUGGAGACACAGGCUUGAGUGCCUUUUGAUUUGUUCGGAAAUUUUUCCUAAAAAAGCAGAGGAAGCAUGAGGUCUCUGCACUUAUGUCUAUCCCAGGUGAGAACCUCAUUCGGGCCACUAAAUUUUCCAACACCGUGGAUGAGCUAUGCAUACUUCCAAGGACUUUGUUAUUAAGAGCCAUUCAUAUUCUUUAUGUCCUCUGUGCCAAGAAAUCUGUACUAGUGGCAACUUUGAAAUAAAUCAACUAAUGCCA